AGACCUGGGCUGCUCCAGCUGUGUCCUGAGGCGCUGGACCAGACACAUCCCCUGGGGCUGAAGUUGAAGCUGAACCAAGUGGCCAUCCCAGCUUAAGAUCAGAUUCCUGGUUCCGGCAACAGGCAGAGCCAGCAGGCAGGCAAGCGGGCUUUUGCUCAGAGGCCCCAGUGCUCAGCACGCUGGCUAUCCACAGGCGGAAUGGCACUGCAAGUGGAGCUGAUACCCACGGGGGAGAUCAUCCGUGUGGUUCAUCCCCACAGGCCCUGCAAGCUAGCCCUGGGCAGUGACGGGGUGCGGGUGACCAUGGAGAGCGCACUGACCGCCCGAGACCGGGUGGGGGUACAGGAUUUCGUGCUGCUGGAGAACUUCACCAGCGAGGCCGCCUUCAUCGAGAACCUGCGGCGACGCUUCAGGGAGAACCUCAUCUAUACCUACAUUGGCCCCGUCCUGGUCUCUGUCAACCCCUACCGGGACCUGCAGAUCUACAGCCGGCAGCACAUGGAGCGUUACCGGGGUGUCAGCUUCUAUGAGGUGCCCCCCCACCUGUUCGCGGUGGCCGACACUGUGUACCGGGCAUUGCGCACGGAGCGUCGGGACCAGGCGGUGAUGAUCUCUGGGGAAAGCGGGGCAGGCAAGACAGAGGCCACCAAGCGGCUGCUGCAGUUCUAUGCUGAGACCUGCCCAGCCCCCGAGCGGGGCGGUGCCGUGCGUGACCGGCUGCUGCAGAGCAACCCGGUGCUGGAGGCCUUCGGAAAUGCCAGGACCCUCCGGAAUGACAACUCCAGCAGGUUCGGGAAGUACAUGGACGUGCAGUUUGACUUCAAGGGUGCCCCCGUGGGUGGCCACAUCCUCAGUUACCUCCUGGAGAAGUCACGGGUGGUGCACCAGAAUCACGGGGAGAGGAACUUCCACGUCUUCUACCAGCUGCUGGAGGGGGGCGAGGAGGAGACGCUGCGCAGGCUGGGCCUGGAACGGAACCCCCAGAGCUACCUGUACCUGGUGAAGGGCCAGUGUGCCAAAGUCUCCUCCAUCAACGACAAGAAUGAUUGGAAGGUCGUCAGGAAGGCUCUGACAGUGAUCGACUUCACGGAGGAUGAAGUGGAGGAUCUUCUGAGCAUCGUGGCCAGCGUCCUGCAUCUGGGCAACCUCCACUUUGCUGCCAAUGAGGAGAGUAAUGCCCAGGUCACCACCGAGAACCAGCUCAAGUAUCUGACCAGGCUCCUGGGUGUGGAGGGCUCGACGUUGCGGGAAGCGCUGACGCACAGGAAGAUCAUCGCCAAGGGCGAAGAGCUCCUGAGCCCGCUGAACCUAGAACAGGCUGCGUAUGCGCGAGAUGCCCUUGCCAAGGCCGUGUACAGUCGCACCUUCACGUGGCUGGUUGCCAAGAUCAACAGGUCACUGGCCUCCAAGGACGCCGAGAGCCCGAGCUGGCGGAGCACUACGGUCCUUGGGCUCCUGGACAUUUACGGCUUCGAAGUGUUUCAGCACAACAGCUUUGAGCAGUUCUGCAUCAAUUACUGCAACGAGAAGCUGCAGCAGCUUUUCAUCGAGCUCACCCUCAAGUCGGAGCAAGAGGAGUAUGAGGCAGAGGGCAUCGCGUGGGAGCCUGUCCAGUAUUUCAACAACAAGAUCAUCUGUGACCUGGUGGAGGAGAAGUUCAAGGGCAUCAUCUCCAUCCUGGACGAGGAGUGUCUGCGCCCCGGGGAGGCCACAGACUUGACCUUCCUGGAGAAGCUGGAGGACACAGUCAAACACCAUCCACACUUCCUGACGCACAAGCUGGCUGACCAGCGGACCAGGAAAUCUCUGGGCCGGGGGGAGUUCCGCCUUCUGCACUACGCUGGGGAGGUGACCUACAGUGUGACCGGGUUUCUGGAUAAAAACAAUGACCUUCUCUUCCGGAACCUGAAGGAGACCAUGUGCAGCUCAGAGAAUCCCAUCAUGAGCCAGUGCUUCGACCGGAGCGAGCUCAGUGACAAGAAGCGGCCAGAGACGGUGGCCACUCAGUUCAAGAUGAGCCUCCUGCAGCUGGUGGAGAUCCUCAAGUCUAAGGAGCCUGCCUAUGUCCGCUGCAUCAAGCCCAAUGACGCCAAGCAGCCUGGCCGCUUUGACGAAGUGCUGAUCAGGCACCAGGUGAAGUACCUGGGGCUGAUGGAGAACCUGCGCGUGCGCAGAGCCGGCUUUGCCUAUCGUCGCAAAUACGAGGCUUUCCUGCAGAGGUACAAGUCACUGUGCCCAGAGACAUGGCCUACAUGGGCAGGAAGGCCCCAGGAUGGGGUGGCUGUGCUGAUCAGGCACCUUGGCUACAAGCCGGAAGAGUACAAGAUGGGCAGGACCAAGAUCUUCAUCCGCUUCCCCAAGACCCUGUUUGCCACAGAGGAUGCCUUGGAGGUCCGGCGGCAGAGCCUGGCCACGAAGAUCCAGGCCGCCUGGAGGGGCUUUCACUGGCGGCAGAAAUUCCUCCGAGUGAAGCGAUCAGCUAUAUGCAUCCAGUCGUGGUGGCGAGGAACGCUGGGCCGGAGGAAGGCAGCCAAGAGGAAGUGGGCGGCACAGACCAUCCGGCGGCUCAUCCGUGGCUUCAUCCUGCGCCACGAACCCCGUUGCCCCCAGAACGCCUUCUUCCUGGAUCACGUGCGCACCUCUUUUUUGCUCAACCUGCGGAGGCAGCUGCCCCGGAAUAUCCUGGACCCUUCCUGGCCCACGCCCCCACCUGCCCUGCGUGAGGCCUCGGAGCUCCUGCGGGAGCUCUGCCGGAAGAACAUGGUGUGGAAGUACUGCCGGAGCAUCAGCCCCGAGUGGAAGCAGCAGCUGCAGCAAAAAGCCGUGGCUAGUGAGAUCUUCAAAGGCAAGAAAGACAAUUACCCCCAGAGUGUCCCCAGGCUCUUCAUCAGCACACGGCUUGGUGCGGAUGAGAUCAGCCCCAAGGUGCUGCAGGCCCUGGGCUCUGAGCCCAUCCAGGUGAGACCUGCCUGUAGCGCCCAGUCCCGCGGUUCUGCCACCCCAGGGCUAGGUGGCGGUCAGGGCCUGGGGCGGAGGGUGAGGAGGCCCCUCAGCCCCUCGCCUGCCCUCUGUCCCCAGUAUGCCGUGCCCGUUGUGAAAUAUGACCGCAAAGGCUACAAGCCACGCUCCCGGCAGCUGCUGCUGACACCCAACGCCGUGGUCAUCGUGGAGGAUGCCAAAGUCAAGCAGAGGAUUGAUUAUGCCAACCUGACCGGAAUAUCUGUCAGCAGCCUGAGUGACAGCCUCUUUGUGCUGCACGUGCAGCGUGAGGACAAUAAGCAGAAGGGGGACGUGGUGCUGCAGAGCGACCACGUGAUUGAGACGCUGACCAAGACGGCCCUCAGCGCCGACCGCGUGAGCAACAUCAACAUCAACCAGGGCAGCAUCACGUUCGCAGGGGGCCCGGGCAGGGAUGGCAUCAUCGACUUCACACCCGGCUCGGAGCUGCUCAUCACCAAGGCCAAGAACGGGCACCUGGCCGUGGUGGCCCCACGGCUGAACUCUCGGUGAUGAAGGUGCCCGCUGGACCCCCUCCCGCCUCCCAGUGCUUUGCUCAUCCCCCCUCCCCUUCCCAGUUACCAAAGACUCGAGCUUCCAGACAGGGACCCAGGGACACCUCGAAGCCCACCGACAAACUCCCACCCCCUGCUCGUCCCUCUCCUGGGGGAGCAGCAGGGGCCAGGGAGCUGCCCCAGGAGUGGGCCAGGCCGGGCCACAGCAAUAGGAAAGCCGGGGCCAGAGGCAGCCGUGCCAGCCCCACUGCCAAUGCCAAAUAUUGGAGAAAAGGGAACUUUUGCUGAGGUUUUCUCUGAGAUUUUUUGAUGCUUUAUAGGAAACUUAUUUUUUUAAAAAGCCCUUUCCUACCCCGAGACACACUGGAUGUGUUUUCCCUGGCAGGGAAUGUAGCUGGGAGGGUGGGCGGUCUGGGCCCUGGUGCCCUCUUCCCUGCCCGGGCCACCUUCGCCUCCUUGUUCCCUUGGCACCUUGUCUGUCUGCCUGCCCACCUGUACCCUUUGCAGCCCACUCCAGCAUCCCCCUGGGGCUGAGACCAUCCUUGCCUGGCCCCUCCUUCCUGCCUUAAAGAUGCCCUUCUAAUGUCAUGCCAACCUGAGGGCAUCCUGGAGUGGGGGCAGGACUCUUAGACUGUAUAUUUUAGAAGCUCUGAGAGAUCAUCCAGUCUAGCUGCCUAGUGUGACAGAGCAAGAGACAGAGGCCCAAAGAGGGGAGGAGACUCGCCCAAGGUCAUCCAGCAGGCUGGGGCAAAACCAGACUGCAGCUUUGUCCUCAGCUCACCUCACCUCCUCUCCCAGGGACAGGGGGGCCCAUGAAACAGGCUCGUGUCUUAAGGGUGCACAUGGCUCCCUGACCAGCAAUCACCCUCGGGGGCCACCAGGUGGGAGGAGCCCUCCCGCCUGAGUUCUUGCCUUAGGAUGACAAACACCCUGCCCAUAUACUUCGGGCCCAGUUCCAGGACGAAGGGCCUUCACAGGCCCCUGCACCCCUCCCCAUCCUGGGACCCUGGGGGAGGGGCUGGCCUUGGGAGGAGCUGCAGGGGCAUCACCUCUUUCUGCUGCUUCUCCCCCCACCCACCCCUACCUCCCCAGAGGGCCUAGGGCCUGCCCAGCUGCCUCUGCCCUCCUGGGAGUCUCAGUCCACUGCUGACACUUCUGCGAUCCAGAGAAACACUAAAUAAAGCAAUAUGUGUUUGCCAA